UUCGGUGUACUCCUCUGAAUCACUGCAGAUUUUGCAGUCUCUCUUAUGGUCUUUAUUUAAUUCACCACUUCUCUCUCUCUCAAACACGCACUCAUAUUUAUCCUUCAAUUAUACUGACCACAUAUUCAUCACCUUCAAAGUCAUUCCAAUACCAGAGGAAAAAAAAAUGGCCAACAUUAAACUAAGCAACUUACUGUUGCUACUCAUCACCUUAAUCAUGGCAGCAUAUGUUAUACAAGGUUCAACAAAUCAGAAAGAACUACCUCAUCCUCUAAGUGCUUCUCAUUCAUCUCAACCACAAAGAGAACUACAUUUGCAGGGUGGCAAUGAAAGAGUGAUGAUGAAGAAUUCAAGGAGAUUGAUGAUAGGAUCCACUGCACCAACAUGUACUUAUAAUGAAUGUAGAGGGUGCAAGUACAGGUGCAGAGCCGAGCAAGUGCCUGUAGAAGGGAGCGACCCAGUCAAUAGCGCUUACCACUACAAAUGUGUUUGCCAUAGGUAAUCUUAUCUAUCAAAUUCAGCAUCUACUAGACUACUACUCCAGUUGAGUUUGCUGGGUGCAGACUGCAGAGUCGAGAGUCCAGUUUUCUUUUCUUUUCUCUACGUUGGUUCAAGUUCAACACUGUUUUACAAUGCAACCAUUUUUAAUGGGUGCCAAAAUUAGCAGUUGAGGUGCACUACAUGAAUUUGUUAAUUUAUUGUAUAUCGUUUGAGUUUCUUGAGAAAGAGCACUGUUUCUUCUUGUGAUAUUCUAUAUUUCCUUGUACUUUGUUCAAGCAACAUAUUCAAGAAUAUAUGUCUAAAGAAUAAUACUGGGGAUAUUCUUUACUUCA